AAAAUUUGUAUGACAUACUAAUUAAGUGGAGUUAUAUUUUUUUGGUGUUAGUGUUGAUCAUGGACAGCUCAUUGCAAGACGAAAUUACAAUGUGCAUGGCAGCUUAUGUUGUUGCUUUAAAUUUUAGAAACUUUCUACUCAUUGUGCUUGCGAUGUUAGAAUAUUAUAGAGACACUUUUAUUCUACGAAAGAGGAAGAGGUGUCAAAAAGGAAGUGCCUAUGAGAGGUAUGAAAUUAGACGAGUAAAUUUUAGAACAAUGAUUUGGGAUGACGAUAAAGAAUGUGUAGAUAACAUUAGGAUGGAUAGGAGGGCAUUUUACGUGUUAUGUGACAUGGUUGAAACCAUUGGCAUGUUGCGAUCAACAAAGAAUUCAACCGUUGAGGAAAUGCUUGCUUCAUUCCUCUAUAUACUCUCUCAUCAUACCAAAGUAAGAGUGGCCAAAAGAGAAUUUGUGCGUAGCGGUGAGACAAUAAGCAGAAACUUUAAUAAGGUCUUGCUUGCUAUCUUGAGACUACAUGAAGUUUUGCUUAAGAAGCCUGAACCAGUGCCUCAAAAUUGUAAAGAACAUCGUUGGAAAUGGUUUAAGAAUUGUUUGGGAGCACUAGACGGAACUUAUAUUCAGAUAAAUGUCCCUGAACAAGAAAAGCCCAAGUACAGGACAAGGAAAGGCGAUUUAGCAACAAAUGUACUUGGAGUUUGUUCUCGGGAUUUACAUUUUAUUUACAUAUUGCCUGGGUGGGAAGGUUCUGCUGCGGACGCAAGGGUAUUAAGAAGUGCAAUUUCUAGACCAAAUGGCUUUGUAGUUCCUCAAGGUU